GACUGUGUCACUGGAGGUCAUGCACUUUAUUUUUAAUUUAUAUUAUUUACGGUUUUCUUAUUAAUUCCAUUAAAUCUUUAAUUAGACGUGUUUCAAUAAAUUAAAACGUCUUAAUGACUGUAUUAGUAUCUAACUACAUGAGUCAAGGGCUUUUUGCAAACACAACAUAGCAAUGGCAGAUCAGUUUUGUUUACGUUGGAAUAAUUUUCAAACCAACAUCGUAAGUGCUCUGGAUUCCCUGAAAUGCUCUGAGGAUCUUGUUGAUGUGACACUUACUUGUGAAGGCAGAAAUAUCAAGGCCCAUAAAGUAAUACUGUCAGCGUGUAGCCCGUACUUUAGGAAUGUGUUCAAGGAGAACCCAUGUCAACAUCCUGUUAUUAUUUUGAAAGAUGUCUCUGCUGAUGACAUCCUGAGCUUGCUGUCUUACAUGUACCAAGGAGAAGUAUUUAUUGAAGAAAGUAAAUUGUCUUCAUUUUUGCAUACAGCAGCAUUAUUACAAAUUAAAGGUUUAACUGGUGUAACACAUCAGAAUGAAGAAUUCUCACCAUCAAAUGCAACAAAUAAACUUUACACUCAACUGACUAUAUAUGCCAAGUCUCAUGGAAAUGUAACUCACAAGGAAACAAAAAUACCAGCCCUGAAGAAACGAAGAAGUAGCACCUCUGACAAACCAAAUGACUUGAAUAAUCUUGAUUAUAAGAAAAGCAAAAUACUGGAAUCAUGUGAUAUUUAUAACAAAAAUAAUGGUUCCCAAUUGAAGGUAGACAACCCAAUGUUUGGAGCCGAAGUUGUUGAACGCAAAGCAGAUAAAGAAUUUUCCAUUGUAAGCAAUGGAAAGAAUCAACAGACAGAAGAAGGCCCUAUAAUUGUGAAAACAGAAUGGAACGAAGAAAAUAGCUCACCAAAUCCGGUUACAUUCAGUUCUGAUAAUGAUGAAAGCCUUCCUGCUUAUGAAAACAGCAUGCUAGCUCGAUCUCUACUCUCAGGAAUCAAUCCAUCCAAAAGUGAUACAUGCACGAAAAAACUGCCCGUAGAAGUACAAAAUGCCAACAGGAAGGAAUCAAACUCAGAAACUACAUUUACACAAAAAAGUCCAUUAAAAAUAGAUGAAGCUCUUGUUAAAAUUGAAAAACCUUCUCCAAAGCCCGAUAUUGAUUAUGAGCCAGAAAUAUUAUUGUCAGAGCAAGAUUCUAAAGAAAACACAUAUUCUGAACAGUCCCAGGCCUUGAUGAUACUUGCAGGUAUGUCAGGUCCAUUAAAUUCUGGUGCUUCAACUUCUCAAAGCGGGCACCAGUCAAAUCAUGCAGCUAUUUGUGGGGACUGCCCACACUGUGGUAUGAAAUAUUCAAAUCAAUCAGCCUUGAAAUAUCAUGUGAGACUAAUGCAUUCAGAUCUUACUAAUAGGCUGUGUUGCUAUUUGUGCCCAAGGUCGUUUACUAUGCGGGAAACAUUCAAAGAACACAUGUGGACAAGUCAUGGCCAACGAAACUAAAUGGUUCUAACCCAUUUUAUGAUACUGUCAAUUUAAUUUGGUGGUAAAAUAUGUCUGAUAAAAAUAUAUUUAAAUUAAUUCAAACAAAAUUAGUACAAAUUUAACAACAUAGUUUAGUAAUAAUUUGUUCAGAAAAAAAAUGCUUAAUAUUUUGCUAUAACUAUUUAUAUAGCAUUUAAAUGUCAAUCUCAAAAAAUACUAUACAAAAAAAAAAAAUUUGUCCAACUUCAAAUAAACUGAAGGUGGUUAUUAUUUGGACAUGUAAUAUUUUAUAAUUCUAUUCAUAUGUAGAAAAUUUAUAGACGUAUUAAAAUAAUCAAAGUGCCUUCUAAAUUAAAUAUUUAUUAAAAAUUAGGUAAUUUAAAAGUAAACUGGCUUCCAAAACCUAGAUCUUCUAAAUAAUGUCCUAAAUGAUGAUGGAAUAUAAUUUGGAUGAAUCUCCUCAAAUAGAAGCUAAUGAAGUGAUACUAAAUUCCUAUAAAAUAUAUAAAUUGGUGCAUAAAGGUUUUAACUUUAAUAGAAUGUUCAAUUAUACGUAGAUUAGAAAUACUAUUGUGCCUUAUAUACAAAUGGUAAAUAAAUAAAUGGUGCCAAUUUGUAUCCAUAUAUCAGUUAAAAAAGUAGUAAUUCUGUAAAAGGAACAAACCAAAAGUCCCCUCACUAUUCCCAACACUGUAACUAGGCGCUAUAAAAUAUGUUUUAUUUGUAAUUUUAAAUAUAAAAGUCAUUGUGGUGCUGUAAAGUUCUGUGGCUAAACAUUAUUAUUCAAUAUUAUUUUGACAAAUGUUUCAAGGUGAAGUGUCACAAGUCCGUCAUAGUAAAAGGCACUGAAAAAGUUUUUUUUUGUGUGGAAAAUCUUUUGACGAAUAUCUAGUAAUUAACAAAUAUAUUUUAGUGCUGUCAAGUUUUUAUGUAUAGGUACCAAGAGUGCAACAUCAACUUUACCAGAAACAAUAUAAUUUUGAAUUCAAUAGAGACUAGCACCACACUUAGUGAACUGUUUAUGUGGAAGGACUGUUAAGUUUCAUAGAUUUUCUGGAUUAUGAUAGUUAAAAUAAUAUUUCUUAUAUAAGUUUGUUCUACAUAUUAACACCACAUAUUUAUAUAACUGGGCCACCAGGCCCAACCAAUGUGCUGUCAUAUACUUUGUCAACUUUAAAAAACCUGGAUUGUUUGUAAAUCCUAUAUAAAUGAUGGAUUGUAUGAAUGUCAUUUCUUAUUAUAAUUAAACUUAUGUAAAGUAGGAUUUCUCAGUAUUAGAAAUUAUUAAGCAAAAUUAUUGUGUUUUGACAAUUAUGUUUGUUGGUUGAGCAACUUAGGAAUAAACAUAAUUUAUGAAAUUAUCAGUAUUUAUAAGUUGUGUAAAAUUAAUGCUGCUCUUUAAAGUGAAAAUUACCCGAAUAAUAUUAGAGUAAUUUGUAUUGUGUAAAAUUGUUGUGGGAAAGGCAUACAUUUAUCGUAAGUUUCGGUACUAAAUCUGUAUUUAAUUGAACAAAACAUAUCCACUGGGACCCUGAGCUUAUGGUUUUAAUAGCAAUUAUUAUAAAUAUAUUUUAUUUGUAGAUCAUUUUUUUUAAAUUUAUCGACAGAAUAUACCAUAUUUCAAAUAAUACUAUGUAACCCUAAACUCAGGCAUCCGGUACAGGAUUCUUAUAGAAGUUUAUUUUUACCACCAGAAACUGCAAAUCUAUGUGUUUAUGUAAAUAAAGUACCCAUUCGAAAAUUUAUCUUUACGCUCUGUCGAAAAGAGAUAGAUGAGUACUUUAGUGAUUUAUUUUUUAGAUAGUUAGCAACGAAUGUGAAUUAAAAGCAUGGCAAUUAAUAUUUACAGUUUCAGUUGCGUUCUCAUAAAGAUAUCUCAGUAAAAACUGUCGAAACAUAAAUGACAAUUGACUGUUUUUUGUAGCCUUAAUCAAUACGUUUUCGUACUAUACUGCCAAGUUAUCUACUCUGUGCCAAAAGAUCACAGAUGUUACUUUUUUUUAGUUUUAAGAUUGACAAAAUACUUGAAUAUAGACCUAAUUGUUUAGUUUAAAACUAUGUUACCACUUUGUUAUUUCUCAAUUAGGUAGUUAUAAGUGCGCGUAUUUUGUUAUCUAUGUUAGACGAUAUUAUUUUCUGUGGAAUGCCAUUAGUGAAAUAUAAAUUAUUUAAAAAUAGUUUCUACUUAGUUUUAAAUUAUAGAGAGUAAUAUAUUUAGUUAUUUGAAUUAUAAUUUGUCUUUAAAAAUUGAAACGUAUGACUAUACACAUUGUUGAAUUAGAUUAUCAUAGGAUUUUUAUUUUAGUUACGUUAUAAAUUAAAUAUUUUGCUUUGA